GUGGUGUGGACAGGAAACUUUAUAGGGGCCCCAGAAGUCAGACGGAAGUGGCCUCGGACAGGUCAUGAAGUAGUUGUUUGCCGGCCCAGUGACCAUGGCGGUGUAUCACGACGAGGUGGAGAUCGAGGACUUCCAAUAUGAUGAGGACUCGGAGACGUAUUUCUAUCCCUGCCCGUGCGGGGAUAACUUCUCCAUCACCAAGGAAGAUCUGGAGAAUGGGGAAGACGUGGCAACGUGCCCUAGCUGCUCUCUCAUUAUAAAAGUGAUUUAUGACAAAGAUCAGUUUAUGUGUGGAGAAACAGUCCCAGCCCCAUCAGCCAACAAAGAAUUGGUUAAAUGCUAAUGAAGCCUUCAGGAAACCAAACCCUGAGAGCUGGGCCAGAGCCAGAAUGGAAAUAUCAGACGCACAAGCGCGCCUGGACAGGGAUUCUUUCCUAGUGCUGACUUCGUCGUCAAAUAAAGAGCCAGUCCGCACCAUGACAUAGCUGGAUGUCGUGGGAGAACUCUGAA